AUGGCUGAAAUUGUAGGGACCGCCCUCGCAGUAGUGGGCGUACUAGGUCAACUCUUCGACGGCUGCGUCAAAGCCUACGGCCUCUUCACAGCAGCGGCCAACCUCGACACGGACAGCCAGAGACUUCUCUGCAAAGUCCGCAUAGAGGAGAUGCGUCUUGUCGUCUGGGGUCGGGACUGGGGCGUCGCUGAGGGGAGGCUCGAGGCUCAUCUGGAGAGCACGAGGAAUCCCCAACUGAGGAGUCUGGCGUUGCAGAUUCUUGAGGAGCUGCAUAGCGCUGUGACGGACUUUAAGAAGCUCAAGGAUAGAUACGGGCUGGUUGAUGAGGACACUGGGAGGAGCAGUGCUAGCUUGGAGGUAGGUAAGACAAAGCACAGGAAAUCGCCUUCGCCUUCGAGGAGCUCUAAAGAUGAUGAGAUUCGAAAGUCUAACGGAGUUUCAAAAUCGAUGAGUGAGAGGACUUGGGGAAAGGAGAUGAGUCUGAGAGCAAGAUGGGUUAUAGCAGAUAAAGAGAAAUUCGUAAACUUGCUGAAGGAUCUACGAGACUUCAACGACGGCCUUGAGCGCCUCUUCCCGCCCUCCCAUCUCCCAUCAUUUCAACGCGCCUGGACACACCAGCUCCUCGAGUCCGCCCAGCGCGAUAUAACCCAGCUCUCGCUCCUCGAGACAGCCUCGACAGGCGUCUACCCCAAGCUCACCACCUCGGCCAACCUCAAGAAACUCCGCAUCAACCUCGACGCCAAACCCCAGGCCUCGUUCAAGCCAACCUUUGCUCUCAAGGUGCCCCGUGCUGCACUUGACCUCAGCGGAGACGACAGCGGGGGAGGUCGGAGCAAGGGGCGGCAUGAGAGUGCUGGGGAUGUGGUGAUUGAGUGGGUGGACUAUGAUCGCGACGACGUGGACGAGCGUGUAGCUCACGUUCGUCGCCUUGAUGAUCUCGCUCGUAUGAUGCAUUCGGCUUCAGAGUGUCACCCUGAUCUUCACAGCAUCGACUGCGUGGGCUACGUCGACGACGCUUCGCGCUGCAGAUACGGUCUCGUGUACAAAGCGCCGUCACCGUCCUUCUCGACGCUCCACGACCUCAUUGCCAGUGCAGAUCUCAAGACCCCGGACCUCGAUGAUCGUGUCCGUCUGGCACACACGCUCGCUGUGGCACUGUGGUCUCUGCAUUCCCUUGACUGGCUACACAAGAGUCUCUGUAGCUCAAACAUUCUAUUCUUCCCAUCAGCUUUCUCCACGUCUGCUCACUCAUCAACUGCCGCAGCAGCGCUUGUGCCAGAUAUACAGCAGCCUUAUCUGACUGGUUUCGACGCUUCACGACCAGAUCUCGACACAGCGCUGUCCGUGGCACCGCGCAAUCCGUCUAUUCUUAACCUCCACCGCCAUCCAGCUUCCCUGCGCGGCUACUCCCACUGCAAACCCAUGGACAUCUAUAGUUUAGGGUUGGUUCUCCUCGAAAUCGGGCUGUGGAAGGUUCUUCAAACAUAUCACAAGCCACACUACUCCACCGAUCGAUGGCGCGACAAGGUUCUACGUGCAGCUUUGGUUCCUGGUUUGGGCAGCAAGGUUGGUCGACGAUAUCGUGAUGUUGUGGAUAAGUGCUUGGCUGUGAGUGAGGAGAUGACGAGUGCUGAGGCUGCCAAGGUGAUAGAAGAGGUUGUAACGAGCCUUGAAGGCAUCCGGGUGUAA